AUGCCAUUAACCCUGGUGGAGGAUUACUAUAGGUCAGUUCUCUGACCCAAAUACUAUAGGUCAGUUCUCUGACCCAAAUACUAUAGGUCAGUUCUCUGACCCAAAUAAUAUAGGUCAGUUCUCUGACCCAAAUACUAUAGGUCAGUUCUCUGACCCCAAUACUAUAGGUCAGUUCUCUGACCCAAAUACUAUAGGUCAGUUCUCUGACCCAAAUACUAUAGGUCAGUUCUCUGACCCAAAUACUAUAGGUCAGUUUUCUGACCCAAAUACUAUAGGUCAGUUUUCUGACCCAAAUACUAUAGGUCAGUUUUCUGACCCAAAUACUAUAGGUCAGUUUUCUGACCCAAAUACUAUAGGUCAGUUCUCUGACCCAAAUACUAUAGGUCAGUUCUCUGACCCAAAUACUAAAGGUCAGUUUUCUGACCCAAAUACUAUAGGUCAGUUUUCUGACCCAAAUACUAUAGGUCAGUUUUCUGACCCAAAUACUAUAGGUCAGUUUUCUGACCCAAAUACUAUAGGUCAGUUCUCUGACCCUAAUACUAUAGGUCAGUUUUCUGACCUUUCAUCUCUCUGUGUUGUUGUGUUCCAGGCACCUCUCCAGCUCCAAGAUGAAGGAUCUUCUCAGAAUCUCUGUCCCCUUCCUCAAACGAGCAUGUGCUGUCUCUCUCUAUGUGAGUAUCAACCACAACCAUGCAACUAAGACUAUGUCUAUAUCUCAGUACGCAUCUUUGUGGUAUAGUAAUCAUGCUGAAUGUGUAGGUUCAAGCACAAGUUGAUGUUAGGUUUUGGUACAUUUCACUGUUAAGUUUGUAUUUGUAAAUGUAGGUCUAGUUUUGGGUGUGGAUGUAAUCUGCUGCUUUAAUAGUAUCGUCCUGCGGUUCACUCCUCCCUCCUGUAGGUGGCGGUCAUCAUGUCCUUCAGGUUGUGGCUGAUGGGCGGCUCCAUGCCUCUCUUCUCUGAGCAGGACAACCCAGCCUCCUUCUCUCCUCACCUGCUCACCAGGUUAUUCUUAGCCCUAACACAGACACGUUAAAUCCAUUUCAGUGCUAAAACGCUAAGAUACUGUAUUCAGUCAUAUUCAGUCUUAUUUCCUGCUGCUCUGCUACAUGUAACCACCAUAUUAAAAGUUGUAUAAAAGAGUAUGAACAUAAAUAGACUCACAAAUAGACCCAAACAUCAGCCUCUCUCCCUGGGUCUGCCUCCUACCCGCUUCCCCAGCUUCACGGCCUACCCCAGGGCUGUAGGCCUCAGAGUGCGCAAGCCAUAGUGCUCUGGUCCCUAUCUGCAGUGGCAGACACUGUAGCUGUCAUUAGCUCUUGCAAGGCCACCUGGGAAAUGUAAUCCUAAAGUCUUCAUACCCUACAUCCAAUCCUUCUUUCCCUCCUUCCCUUCUUUCUUCCUGGCAUUGUUUCAAGGAUGCUCUUGUCAUUGAGAAAGGAGAAUGUCAGUCUUAGUGUUAAAAACCUUUCCAUUCAGCCAGCUAUCUAUUUGCUGUCUAUCUAUCCAUCAGUCAGUGUCCUCCAUUAUGUUUUAAUGAAGAGAUGCAUCUCCUAGUGAAUACUGAGGAUUAAGACUAACCUUGAAGAUUGUGUUUGUCCUUUUGAUACUGAGAAUCAGUCAGAUAUGGAUAUGUGUGUAUGAGAAGUGUGUGUCAUCCUUGCUGCGUGUGUGUGUGUGUGUGUGUGUGAAGAGUGUGUAUCGUCCUUGGUGUGUGUGGUCUGUGUUUAUCCAUUCCCCCUCCAUCUGUGGUGAUGCAGUAGUGAUUAUCCAUCAUGUCAGCGGUUCUCUGCCAAUCCAUUUAGAAUUCAUCACAGCAGCCUCCCUUCUGUCAUUAAUCUCCCUGUGUGUGUGUGUGGGAGUAAGAGUGUGUGUGUGUGUGUGUGUGUGUGUGUGAGGUUGUGUGUCUGUCUGUCUGUCUGUCUGUCUGUGUGUGUAGGUGCUUGAGUGAUUUAUUUGAAUAAACAAGCGGACUGCAGUUACAGCUUCAUAUUACAGAUGUAUCAACCGCGGGUGACUGCGGAAGUAGCUGUGUGUUUGUGUGCGAGUGUGUGUGUGUAGGUGCUUAAGUGAUUUAUUUGAAUAAAGAUGCGGACUACAGUCACAGCUUCAUAUUACAGAUUUAUCAACCAUGGGUGACUGGAGAAGUAGCUGUUUACUAUAUGAAUUAUAUGCAACAGUCUAGCCCAGCCUGGUUAAUGGCACCUUUGUGUGUGUGUGUGUGCGUGCGUGCUGUGGAGUUUUUAUCUUCAACUAACCAUGUUGCAGACCAGUGACAUUUCUGUUGAUUUAGCAUUUGCUAUUCCUCUCUCGUUUCUCAUAAAGGUCAGGUGUGUUUGUGUGUGAUUGUCUAGUUGUGUGUGUGAUUGUCUAGUUGUGUGUGUGAUUGUCUAGUUGUGUGUGUGUGAUUGUCUAGUUGAGUGUGUGCAUCAAAUUCAAUGCUGAAAGCUUUUUGAGAAUGUUGAGUGUCAUACUGCAACUCACAUUCUAAUCCAUUAAACAUCAAGUGCCAUUGUCUGUGAUUGCCUGUUUCUGUGUGUGCAUGUAUUUACCUGUGUGUGUGUUUGCCCAUGAGCAUGCCUGUGUGUGUGACUGUGUGUGAGGGUGUGUGUGGGUAUUUGUCUAUCUGGUGUGUCAGUGUCCUCUGCGUGGUGUGGAGUGCUCUCCUCACAUCAUGGCUGUGUGAGCCUGUAAGGCUGUGAAGCUAAGUGGUUUGACAUUGAAUUCAGGACUCUUGAUCAGGGAGAACAUGCCGGAACACAGGAGACAGAGGAGACACAGCUACAGCCCUCAAACCUCCCAUCACAAACCUGUCAGCAACUGCUAUUCAUUUUCUCAAUUAUUCUUUCUCUUUCUCUCUGUCUCGAUGUCUCUCUCUUUCGAUGGCUGUUUCUCUCACUUUCUCUCUCUCUCUCUUUCUUGAUUACGCUGCCUGUUGCUUCAAUAUAUCCACAUAAUCUUCCUUCCUCAUGAUGCCAUCUAUUUUGUGAAGUGCACCAGUCCCUCCUGCAGCAAAGCACCCCUACAGCAUGAUGCUGCCAACACCCGUGCUUCACGGCUGGGAUGGUGUUCUUCGGCUUGCAAGCGUUCCCCUUUUUCCUCCAAACAUAACGAUGGUCAUUAUGGCCAAACAGUUAUAUUUUUGUUUCAUCAGACCAGAGGACAUUUCUCCAAAAAGUACGAUCUCUGUCCACAUGUGCAGUUGCAAACCGUAGUCUGUCUUUUUUAUGGCGGUUUUGGAGCAGUGGCUUCUUCCUUGCUGAGCGGCCUUUCAGGUUAUGUCGAUAUAGGACUCGUUUUACUGUGGAUAUAGAUAAUUUUGUACCUGUUUCCUCCAGCAUCUUCACAAGGUCCUUUGCUGUUGUUCUGGGAUUGAUUUGCACUUUUCGCACCAAAGUACAUUCAUCUCUAGGAGACAGAGCGUGUCUCCUUCCUGAGCGGUAUGACGGCUGCAUGGUCCCAUGGUGUUUAUACUUGCGUACUAGUGUUUGUACAGAUGAACGUGGUACUUUCAGGCGUUUUGAAAUUGCUCCCAAGGAUGAACCAGACUUGUGGAGGUCUACAAUUUUUUUUCUUGGCUGAUUUCUUUUGAUUUUCCCAUGUCAAGCAAAGAGGCCCUGCGUUUGAAGGUAGGCCUUGAAAUACAUCCACAGGUACACCUCCAAUUGACUCAAAUGAUGUCAAUUAGCCUAUCAGAAGCUUCUAAAUCAUUUUCUGGAAUUUUCCAAAGCUGUUUAAAGGCACAGGCAACUUAGUGUAUGUAAACUUGUGACUCACUGGAAUUGUGAUACAGUGAAUUAUAAGUGAAAUAAUCUGUAAAGAAUUGUUGCAAAAAUUACUUGUGUCAUGCACAAAGUAGAUGUCCUAACCGACUUGCCAAAACUAUAGUUUGUUAACAAGAAAUUUGCGGAGUGGUUGAAAAACAAGUUUUAAUGACUCCAACCUAAGUGUAUGUAAACUUCCGACUUACGUCCCGUUCCUGUCUGAUCAUGACAGUUGGUGAGCUUACUCCUCCAUGUUAAUCUCUCUGGCUCUGUCUGUCGCCAAGUCUGGGGGAGUGUGUGUGUGCGAUCCUGUGUGUCUGUCUGUCUGUCUGUCUGUCUGUGUCUAUCUGUAUGUCUUUCUCUCCAAUAGCCAGCCUGACUGGAUGUGAUGAGGUGAUUUCGAAGGAGUCAGACGCAGGAGGGUAAAUCACAGAAUAACAGGAUUUAUUCUGAAACACAGAGUUACGCAGUAAUGCGUCAAAACACUCCAAUGCGCAAAACAGGCGCACUGGAAAAUACAAGGCACACAGGGAAUUUUCCCGGUGAUACAAAAUACACGGAGCUCCACCGAGCUUCUCUAUCCUCCACAAUAAACAAUCACACACAAAGACAAGGGGGCAGAGGGAACACUUAUACAGGUACUGAUGAGGGGAUAUGAACCAGGUGUGUGUAAUAAACGAGACAAAACAAAUGGAAUGAUGAGAUGAGGAGCGGCAGUGGCUAGAAGGCCGGUGACGACGAACGCCGAAGCCUGCCCGAACAAGGAGAGGAGGCAGCUUCGGAGGAAGUCGUGACACUGAAUGGCAAAAACAGAAAGAGAUGGUUGAUAUUCUGUACAUCCAUUGCACAUAUCUAGCCACCUAUUCAACAGGGAUUUCUCCUCAAUCUAUUAUAGCACUAGGUUAGGUGAAGCUGUCAAUAGAUCACUUCAUGCCGUCCCCCGGCUUUAAUGUUCCUCCAUAAAUCGAUGAUAUACCAGCAGUUCAUAUUCACUCUGCAUCCCCUCUCAAAUCAACAGGCAAUCUGAACCCGCCUGUCCAAAUCAAUGGAGAAUUGAGUUUCCCCCCUCUAUUCUAUGGAAAGCUUGUUUCGCUGCAGAGAGAGAAUCAAUGUGUAAUCUAUGCAUAUCUCUGAAGCUGCUGCUAUUCUGAGUGGGAGGAGAAUACUGAUAGGGUAUCACAGUGGGAUAUCACAGUGUUCUCAUGUGCUCAUGCACUUCUGACCAGAGAUAGGGCUGGGCGCCAUUUGGAUGCAGAAACACACACACACGCUAAUUAUUUCUAGCAUCGCCCUACUGUGUGUGUGUGCAUGGGGGGGCGUGUGUGUGUUUCUGCCCAUGAGUGUUUGUGUGGGUGUUAGGAUUCAUUUUCUUCAGUGCACUGAAGCACACAAAUAUGCCUUUUCCCGUUUGCAGUCUUGUCUAAUUAAAGUUUCAUUUCACUUCAAGUCAUAUCGACUAUGUGUCCAUUUGAAGAGUUUUGUCCUACAGUACACCAUCCCAAAUACCGAACUCGCUAACUCAUCUCCAAUCAUAGCUUCAGCUACAGAGCAGUUCGUACAGAACCAUUCCUUACAGCUCUGUGUUUGUUGUUCCAGUUAGUCAUUGAGUAGAGAAACGGCCACCCACUCAGACUGGAGCUAAAGCCUUUCCAUUUCUAUUAGAGAAACCAGCGGUUAUCUGUUGUAAAAGAUAAGGGACUGUAAUGGAGAGUCAUUUAGUGAUUUGACAGAGCUGGCUAAUGGUGUUUGUUAGUGUGUGUGCGUGUGUCCGUGCGUGUGUCCGUGCGUGUGCGCAUGAUUAUACAUGCGUGCAUUUGUGUCCUCUAUUGCUUCCCGCUGAGCUUGCCUGUGUGUGUGUGUGACUGUAUUUAUGUGUGUGUGUGAGUGUAUUUCAAGGUAUUUGUCUAUCAGGUGUGUCAGUGUCCUCUGCGCUGAGUGGUGUGGAGUGCUCUCCUCACAUCAUGGCUGUGUGAGCCUGUAAGGCUGUUAGCUGGGUGAUUUGACACCUGAAUUCAGGACUCUUGAUCAGGGAGAACAUGCCGGAACACAGGACAGAGGAGACACCCUCAAACCUCCCAUCACAAACCUGUCAGCAACUGCUAUUCAUUUUCUCAAUUAUUCUUUCUCUCUGUCUCGAUGUCUUUCUCUCUCUCCGCUCUCCCUCUUUCUUGAUGGCUCUCUCGCAAGAGCUGUUUCUCUCUCUCUCUGUCACUCUCUGUUUCUUGAUUACUCUCCCUCUCUCUCUUUCACUCCCUCUCUCUCAUUUUCUUUCUCUAUUUCUCAUCAAUGCUUCACUUUCCUCUCUCCCUUUACGCCUCCCUCACUCCCUCCCUGCCCUGUCUUUUCCUUUCUGGUAGGAAAUGCUGUGCAUGUUGUGCUUAGUGGGGAUAGAGGGGGUUGUGGGUAGUGGGGGAAUUUAAUCUAUGUGUGUGAGCAUGUGUGCGUGUGUGUGUGUGUGUGUGUUUCUGCACGUAAGCGUUUGUGUGGGUGUCAGGAUUCAUUUUUAUCAAUGCACUGAAGCACAAAAAUAUGCCCUUAACCAUUCACAUUUUUGUCUAAUCAAAGUUUCAUUUCACAUCGACUAUGCGUCCAUUUGAAGAGUUUAGUCUUACAGUACACCACCCCAAAUACUUAACUCACUAACUCAUCUCCAAUCAUAGCUUCAGCUACAGAGCAGUUCGUACAGAACCAUUCCUUACAGCUCUGUGUUUGUUGUUCCAGUUAGUCCUUGAGAGACGGCCACCCACUCAGACUGGAGCUAAAGCCUUUCCAUUUCUAUUAGAGGAACCAGCUUAUCUGUUCUAAAGGAUAAAGGACAGUCAUUGACAGUAAUGGAGAGUCAUUUAAUGAUUCAGCAGAGUGUGUGUGUGUCUGUGUCCUCUAUCGCUUCCCGCUCCCCUCUCUCUGUUUUCUUUCAUUAUUCGUUCUCCUCUCUCAGCCACCAAUCCAUUCACUUUGCUCUCCUCCCCCGCUCCUCCCAUCUCCUCCCUCUCUUCUCUCUCUCCUGCUCAGUCAAGCAGACUCUUUCCUCUCUUUCAGUCCUUGGCCAUGUAAUGGUCUCAGAUAGCUCCCCCAGUGUGACAGAAUCAAUUGCACAGCCACUCGGACGCAGGCCAAGCCAGCAUCCCAAAUGGCACCCUAUGCCCUUUAUAGUGCAGUACUUUUGACCAGGGCCCAUAGAGCUCUGAUCAAAAGUAGUGCACUAGAGGCAAUAGGGUGCCAUUUGGGAUACAGUCCAUAUCCAUACUCACAGAGGGCAUGAUGACCAACAGAACAGGAACUGGAUGUUCUUUCAUGGCUGUUUGCAGUAAACAACAUAGAGUGUGAUUGAAUACAGUGUGAUUCAACUUCCUGUAAAUGUAAUGUAAGAAUGUGACCAAUAGUUAACAUUUGAACCCUCUCUCUCCUUCUAUCUGUCUCUUUUCUUUCUUCUUCUCUUGUCUUCUCCCUCUAGGUUCCUGACCUACUGUUACCUGUUGGCGUUCAACGCGUGGCUGCUGCUGUCUCCCGUGGUGCUGUGUUAUGACUGGCAGGUGGGCAGUAUACCCCUGGUGGAGUCACUGUGGGACAUACGCAACGUCGCCGCCCUGCUGCUGGGAGUGGUCAUGGUCGCCCUGUGUCUGCACUGUGUCAUGUCGUUACAGGUGAGAUGGACAUGGAGAUUAGGUGGAAUGUUAGCAUAUACAUACACCCCCGCCCCCCUCCUUUUGCCCCCAAAACAGCCUCAAUUCAUUGGGGCAUGGACUCUACAAGUUGUUGAAAGCGUUCCACAGGGAUUCUGUCCCAUGUUGACUCCAAUGCUUCCCACAGUUGUGUCAAGUUGGCUGGAUGUCCUUUGGGUGGUGGACCAUUCUUGAUACACACGGAAAACUGUUGUGUCAAGUGUGAAAAACUUUGCAGCGUUGCAGUUCUUGACACAAACCGGUGCGCCUGGCACCUACUACCAUACCCCAUUCAAAGGCACUUAAAAAUUUUGUCUUGCCCAUUCACCCUCUGAAUGGCACACAUACACAAUCCAUGUCUCAAUUGUCUCUAGGCUUAAAAACCCUCAUUUAACCUGUCUCCUCCCCUUCAUCUACACUGAUUUGAAGUGGAUUUAACAAGUGACAUCAAUAAGGGAUCAUAGCUUUCACCUGGAUUCACCUGGGCAAGUGUUCUUAAUGUUUUGUACACUCACUGUAUUGCUUAUAUCUGUCUAGUAUUUUGCUGUCUACAUUAGAGGCUAGAGGUUUCUGAACUAGGCCUGGUUUUACACACUGCUAUGAAAACUCUCACCUUCUAAUCAAGUUGAUCAAACUCUCACACAUGAUUUGCCCAACCCACACCAUGAACAUACAGUACACACUUUCUCUGCGUUGCCAUGGUGACAGGCAGUGUUUAGAGAAGGAUACUUAUUAUAUGUGAAAAGUGUGUGUACUAGGUGUGAUCAUGCCAGGUGGGUAUUGGCUAUGCUCACACAUAACACCCUCGUCUUAGUGCAUCCACACUCCCUUCUUCUCCCUCCCUCCUUCUCUCUCUGCACUGACAUUAACUCAAUCGAAAAGCCUUAUUCAAUCAAGCCUGCUUGUCAAAAGCAUAAUUCAUCCUUUUUGAAUAGACACUUAGUCUUUGGUCCCCACCCCACUCAGACAGAGGGAGAGAUGUCUCUGCUGCUAUUGUCAGCUGUCAACACUGAAUGGCAUUUGUGAAAUUGAUCUCUUUACCCUGCUUGUCCUUCCCAUAGUUUGCGUCGGUAUAAUUGUUUUAAGCUGAAAGAAUUGUGAAAGCUCUUGCUCUCUUCCUGUAGUUUGGUAGGUCACUUUUCUCAAUAUGCUGAUCUUCUUGUAGAAGAUGAAGUAAAACUGGGCGGCAGGUAGCCUUAGCAGUUAAGAGCGUUGGGCCAGCAACCGAAAGGUGGCUGGUUCGAAUCCCCAAACCGACUAGAUAAAAAAAUCUAGCAAUUAGGCACUUCACCCUAAUUGCUCCUUUAAGUACUAUUUCUCAAUUCACUUUACCCUUAACAUGGCCUCAACCCCAGUCAUCCAGAACAGCCCACUCAAACAGAGUUCUGUGAUCAUGUGUGAGUGAUGGGAACAGGAAGCGUAUUGAAAGGGAGUCAGGUGUGUGUGCGUGCGUGUGCAUGCCAGAGCAAGAUGAGGAAAGACAAAUGCAAGUGAGGAAAAGCUAGAUAGAUGGAGUACGAAAGAGAGGGAGAGUAAAAGAGAGUGGAAAGAGCGUGAGCAUGAAAACUUUUCCAUUAGCAGGGAAGUGAGGUAAUUAGAUUAACAUUUAAUUGGCCAGCCCCUGCUGGGUGGGUACAAGAUUACUGUAGGAGAAGCAUCACUGACUCAUACUCUACAAUACAGGAAUGGUUUUCUGCUGUCCACUAAUCAGAAAGGGGUAAACUCAUUAGGCUGGUUAGUGUCAUUGGUUGUUAAGACAAGUUAUCACUGCUUUGAUGGUUUUAUUUUGAGAGAGAGAGAGAUGUAAAGUAAUAUGCAGUACAGGGUCAUUCAUCUUCUGAUGAGAGGGGAGUCGUACAAUGAUGGAGGGUUCAUAUUACUAGAAAUUCCAUCUUUCUCACACCUGUUUCUUCCUUUACUGCUUUCUUUCUCUUUCUCUCCCUAUUUCGAUCUUCUCUUUUUCUCUCUUUCCCCCUUUCUCCCCUGUCUCUCUCCCCUGUCUCUCUCCCCUGUCUCUCUCCCCUGUCUCUCUCCCCUGUCUCUCUCCCCUGUCUCUCUCCCCUUCUCUAUCCCCUGUCUCUCUCCCCUGUCCUCUCCCCUGUCCUAUCCCCUGUCUCUCUCCCCUGUCUCUCUCCCCCUGUCUCUCUCUCUCUCUCCCCCUGUCUCUCUCUACCCCCUGUCUCUCUCCCCCUGUCUCUCUCCCCCUGUCUCUCUCCCCUGUCUCUUCUCCCCUGUCUCUCUCCCCUGUCUCUCUCCCCUGUCUCUCUCCCCUGUCUCUCUCCCCCUGUCUCUCUCCCCUGUCUCUCCCCCUGUCUUUCUCCCCCUGUCUUUCUCCCCCCUGUCUCUCUCCCCUGUCUCUCUCCCCUGUCUCUCUCUCUGACAUAUCACUUUGCUCUGUCUGUUUUGCUGAGGUUUGCGUGCGGCUAGGUUAUUGAUAAAUGAUGAGUGUAAUCGCUUUCUCACUUCCUCGCUCUCUGCCUCUCCCUUUGUCUCUCGCUCUCUCUCUCUCCCUCUUUCCCGCCACACUCCCAACCUGCUACAAAGGCCCCUGGGAGAUGUCCCAUAGCCCUUAACCUUGACCUAAGGAAGUGAUUGAAGCAUUUAAAGCCCGGUAUGUGGGCGCGUUCCAGGCCGGCUACAUUGCAGUUUCCUGCUAGAUCACACAACGACUGGAUGAAUGCAGCCCAUGCUGCCAUUGCUUGAUGUGGGCAUUGUGACUGCUAUAUACAGUAGUUUGUGUGCAACAUGGUCAACCACUUCCAUGGUCGGUCACUUCCUACUUAUAUCCCUGACCACUGACACGGGGGGGAUUGAGUUCCCUUUUUUGUCGUUACAUCAUCAGCGAAGGCAUACGGUAUAGCAAACUCAUGGAACCAACUGCUGCCUGAGAGGAACACGUACGUGAGAUGGCAGGGAAAGCCUGAGAGGAACAAGUACGGGAGCGGGCAGGGAAUGCCUGAGAAGAACAAGUACGUGAGAGGGCAGGGAAAGUCUGAGAGGAACAAGUACGUGAGAUGGCAGGGAAAGCCUGAGAGGAACAAGUACGGGAGCGGGCAGGGAAUGCCUGAGAGGAACAAGUACGUGAGAGGGCAGGGAAAGUCUGAGAGGAACAAGUACGGGAGCAGGCAGGGAAUGCCUGAGAGGAACAAGUACGUGAGAGGGCAGGGAAAGUCUGAGAGGAACAAGUACGUGAGAUGGCAGGGAAAGCCUGAGAAGAACAAGUACGUGAGAGGGCAGGGAAAGCCUGAGAGGAACAAGUACGUGAGCGGGCAGGGAAUGCCUGAGAGGAACAAGUACGUGAGAGGGCAGGGAAAACCUGAGAGGAACAAGUACGUGAGAGGGCAGGGAAAACCUGAGAGGAAUAAGUAUGUGAGUGGGCAGGGAAUGCCUGAGAGGAACAAGUAUGUGAGAGGGCAGGGAAAGCCUGAGAGGAACAAGUAUGUGAGAGGGCAGGGAAAGACAACUCCUUACAGUGUUUGUUGGUUAAUUUGCUCUAUUUACUGUUCGAAAUGAAGGGUCGGAUCCCAUUAUCUAUCUGUCUGUCUGUCUGUCUGUCUGUCUGUCUGUGUGCGCGCGCGCGCGUGUACAUGUACGCACGUGCAUGUGUGUGUCCUAGCCAUCUGUUUGCCUGGCAGGGCUGGUGAGUGUGUGUGUGGGCUGGGACAUAUGUCAGUGGGCCAGUUCUGAAGGGUUCUACUGGGAAGGACUAACGGAUGUGAUUCCAGAACCAGAGGGGACUGAUCUGGGAGGGAUGCCAUGCUGCUGACCACCCAGAAUAGUCCUCUGGAGCACUGGGCUAUAGCACCGAAUAUUCCUCUAUACCAGGGAUGAGAGAAGAGGAGAAAGGAAAGGAGGGAUGGUGGAAAGGGAAGAAAAGAGGAGAGGAGGGAAGAGAGAGGAGUAGAGUGAAAUGGACAGGAAACUAGAGGACAUUUGAAAUGGAAAGGAAAGAGUUGACAAGAGAGUAGAGAACUGAGGAGAUGAGUGGUAAAAGCUGGCGAAAAGAGAUAGAGAGAUUGACAGGGCGGAAGAGAUGAACAGAUGAUAGGGAGCACGGAUCAGGAGAGGAGGAGGAGGAUGAAGGGAGCAAGGUUGUGUGCAAGGUUAAAGCAGCUGUAUCACCGCCUGACAAAUUGUGACAGACGUUGUACAGGCGCCCACUGCCGUCACCAUGGUAACGGAGAAGCGGUUGAGCCCUUGCUCUCUUCUACACUUCUCAACUCAGCCAAGCAGAGUUAAGACAUACAAGGAGGAUAGAAAGAAGAAGAAGAAGAAGGUUAGAUGACUGAGAGUGGAAGAUAGAGAGAAAAGGAGCUGACAGAGAGGAUGAGAUAGGGCUGCAAUGUAUUUAUUAUUGAUUCCUACAGUUCACCCAAGUGUGUUGCUCUAAAUCGCAAAUAAAAUCAUAAAAAUUGCAGAGAGAGAGACUCUGACUGACUGACCAACCGACCGGACGUCCCCUGAGGGGGCUGUGUUGGAAUGACAUACAAUCAACAACCCAACCUCCCCCAUCCAUUCACUAGUCCACUCCACUGCCUACUGUAUGGGAUCCCACUGCUUACACCAGCACGGUUGAAUGGGAGAGAGGGGGAGAGUGUGUGUGCUUGUGUUAAUUACUGUAUGAUCCUAUCUAUGGCAUAAUGUCUAGCCCCCGGUGUGUGUGUGUGUGUGUGUGCUUCAAUGCGUGUGUGUCUGCCGUAUGUGUGUAUGUAGGUCUGUAGUUGACAAGUGUGUGAUCCUAUCUGUGUGUGGCAUGCAGAGUGUGGCAUGUAGAGUCUGUACCGCGGUGUUUAGGCGGUUGACAGGAGAAUGAGGCAUGGAUUGGACCGGCAACUUAAUCAAGACACCGCGACAUUGUAACUGUAAUUUAACGAGGGAAUCAACGCCAUUACUGAGGAUAUAGUCAUUAGACCAAUUAGCUUCUGUUUGUUAUAAUAACUACGUUGUUCAGAUGUUCAGAUUGGAAAAAUACAGAGGGAUUUUUUUAGACUUAUUAAAAAUGAAUAGCUUAGAUGCAGAGUUGAUAUAAAAUGAAUUAACUGUGUUUAAUGAUGUACUCAAUCGGAGUCGGCUAGAAUAUUUCAGAGCAUCAGUCAGAUAUGCUCAGUAAUUGAGUGUGUUGAGUGCGAACGGCAGAAAUGUGACAUGUAAAAUGAAUGCCAUUUCUAUAUUUCCACUGCUGUUUGAAAUGGGCAUGCUGGGCAUGCUUAAAUGCACAUCAUGUAGUCAAACAACGGGCGAAAUGAUUAAAUGUGGGAAUUUUAGGCUCUGGUUUUCUUAUGGAUGUGCUAACCGCUCACACUUUCUCUCUCCCCCCAUUGCUUUCUCUCCCUCUCUCUCUUUCCCUCCCCCCUCUCACUCUCCCUGCAUCUCGCCCCCCUCUCUCUGUCUCUCUGUAGAGGUUGGAGAGUAGGGAGGUGUUGGUGGGGGUGUUGUUCCUAGUCUUUCCCUUCAUCCCGGCCAGUAACGUCUUCUUCAGGGUGGGCUUCGUGGUGGCAGAGAGGGUCCUCUACAUGCCAAGGUGGGUCGUGUGUGUGUUUGUGUGUUAUUGUAGGUAAUGUGUGUGUUGUGUGUGUUUUCCCACCUCUAAACCGCUCUGGGUUUGGAUGGUUUUUAAUUAGAUAGCUAGUGUAAUUCUCCUGUGUGCAGUAGUGUGUAGACUAGCUUGGUUGCUCUUAAUGCAUUUGUGUGUGUGUGUGUGUGUGUGUGUGUGUGUGUGUGUGUGUGUUUUAGGACUGACCCCAUUUAGUUGACUGGUCGAUUGUUUGGUUGAUAGGCUGUUGGUCAACCAAGUUUUUUUUAGUCGAGCAGUGGCAAAUAUAUAAAAAAUGUAUGGCACACGAGACACCUGUCUGAUUCACGCCUGUCUGAGUGGACUGAUCCAUUGCGGAGGCCGUGGGGGGUGGCACACCAUUAUCACCAGUAGGACAUUUACCGUUAAUUCCCAUCAUUUCUAAUUACAAUGUUUGUUAUGGUAAGUUCUGUUAAUUCAUUCAAUAUAUUAUUAUUACAGUCUUACCAUUGUCAUUGUAGGAGUGGACACGUUGUUUGCAGAGUGCACAACCUAGGUUACACUUGUGAGAAAAAAGUUUAUUUCAUUCCAUUUACGCGCUCCUGUCAAUCUUGAGUAAGGACACACACCUGAUUACGCAUAGAACUAGGCUACCUGGCCUGCGCGCAAAUGUAGGCUUAUAAAUGUACCCUUUUGGGGAUCUGAUACUAUUUCUGAUUGUCUUAACUCACCAUCACUGUGGAGCUUCUCAAAGUAACUUUUUCUUCGCCUCAAAACAGCAAGUAAACAAAGUCUUUUUUUACAUCUAUCGAGAAUGACAAUAGUUCCUCAACGUAGCCUAUUUGAAAAAUCUUUCCAGCUCUCUCCCUUUAGAUAUCCACUUGGCAUGACAGGAAAGAAAUAUGCAAUGCUCUCAUCCAGUGGAAACGUCAUAAAAUAGGCCUACCUGAUUACUUCUUAUCCCUUGCGCAAAUAGCCUACAGCUGUGUCUGUCCAGAGCUCACUGGUGCAGGAAACUCUGAGGGCCCAGAAUAUUUUAUACAAUGUUGCAAGUUUGCUAGCAGGAGCUGCUUCGGGCCAGGGCCAGACCAAAUUAAUAGUUGAUACAAUGUUUCAAGUUCCUUGCAGACAGGCCGUGCGUAGUCAAUGUGAUUUAUAGGAUAUUUAUUUUUAUCAGGAUAUUUUCUACCUACGGGCUGCAAUGUUUUUAUUUGUUGGCUUUAUGUAGGCUAUUUUUACAUAAUGGCAAUAGAAUUUACUUUUAGAUUUGUGUCAUUUUCAUUUAGCAAGAAUUUUGAUUACCCACAUGACAUUGAUUUUGAGAUAUGAAGACUUCAUUAUAAAUUAAAUUAAACUGUUCCACGAAAAUGUGCGUAUGAAAAUCAUAACUGGCACGCAGAUCAGUAGAAAUGGUACGAUAACUUGGAAAAGGUUGCCGACCGCUGGUGUAGCCUAUUACCGGCAACUUCAGCAGCGUAACGGCUGCGAAGGCCAGAAACAGUGGGCAGCAGGGGGAGCAGCUUUUUUUCUCUGGUUAGGCUAUAUUGAUCUCUGGCUCCCUCUUUAGUAAUUUGUAUGUCAUCGUUUUUAAUCGCAAUGCUUAAAGCAUCAGGCAAGCUCAGUAGCCUACAUAUAAUUUAGUUGAUUUUAUUCAAACAUAGGGUGUGCCUAUAAAAAUAGGGACAGCCCUAGUGUGUUUAUGUGGGCGGGAGUUUACAAGAGUGUGUACGAGUGAGUGAUUGAACAUAUGGAGAGAGCAUCACACACACACACACACACACACACACAAGGUUAUUGUCUUUAUUUUCUGCUGUGCUUCACACUUCAGUCAAGGGCCUCUCUUGUACGUCCUUGUAGUGGAUCUUAUAAAGUGCUCUCUCUCUCCUCUCCUCUCUCUGCUCUCUCCAUCAGUCUGUUCUCUCCCGCUGCCUUGCAUCACUCUAAGGGCUCUUCCUCCUUCAGUGCAUUCAAGGGCUUCCCAGAUAAUAUUUAUCUAUUUAUUUUUCCUGAUGCUGGUAUCUUAUAAGAAAAUCAUAUUCUGUUUGUCUGUCAAUGCUCUCUCUCUCUCUUCUUCUCCUUCUCUCUCACUCUCUCUACUUUCCAUUUUCCAUUUCCCUUUCACACGGCCUACCCCCAUCUCUCUGCUAAUCCGGUCCCUGUGUGUGUAUAUGUGUGUCUGUGUGGGUCUGUGUGUGUGCAUGCGUGCUUGUUAGCGUGCGUGUGUGUGUGUGUGUGUGUGUGUGUGUGUGUGUGUGUGUGUGUGUGUGUGUGUGUGUAAAAGUAUCCUGAAAAUUACUCCAUGGCCGUAGGGGCCUGGAGCCCUGAUCAGGCUCAGAUGGGCCCUUCGGGGCCUCUGCCCUUUAAACACAUGCGUAUGCACAUGCAUGCAUGCACGCACACACACACACACACACACACACAGACACACACAUUCACUCCUGCAGGUUGAGAGUUUAGAGUGUAUAGCCUGGAGGAAGCCUUGGGGAGCAGAGCUGUGUAAAAUCCGCUCACUUCAUCUCUCUCCACUCACUUAACCUCCUGCAUGUAUAAUGACAGAAUAAAGUGUCAACAGACGCUUCUCAAAUAUGUAUAUGAUCUGCCUCAACGUAUUUCCCAGUGCUGUGAUAGGAGGACUAAGGGAAUGAAACUGCUACUGUACUGUGGGAGAGUUGAUCAAACAGAAAACAUGCAACUGUUUUCCAAUGUGUAUGUGUUGUAUCAUUUCAUGCAGGUAUAUGUACUGUACAGUACAGUAUAUGUCUGUUAUUACAGCCUCAGUGUACUAACCAGCACAGUGGGAUACUUGUCAACGAGGCAGAGGGCAUGCUGGGAUUGAUUUAAAGUGAAGGGAACAUGAGACGGUGCUAAAGAGAGAUCCCUCAUCUCUGCCUCGUUGACAAGUAUGCCACUUGUAUUACCUGUUAGGCUAAUAACUAAAUGUAGUCUAGACACAUGGCUGUGCACAGGGUUUUUACUUACAUCUAAAUAUAGUUUUAGGGAGGUUUAUGCUCAUACAAUAGGUUUUUUCCUGCUAUAUAUCCCCAUUUAACCUCCUCCUACCCCCUUCCUUCCUUUUCCACUCAAAUUCUUCUAAUUCCCCCUCCCUCCAUCCCUCGCUCGCUCCCUCGCCUCCUCCCUCUCUCCAUCCCUCUAACUAUUAAUUCUGCUAAUCUUUCCUUGCUCGGGUCUACAGGGGACUUAUACUCCCUGAGUCAUCUGCGUAGCUGAGCGCAGGAUUAGUAGUGAUUUCCAUGCAGACAGGUUCCCCUUCCCAGGCUUUAAUAUCGCCCACGCACUGCUCGACACUCGGCCGCUAAAUGAAUUCCACCCCAGCCUAAGGUAUUAGAGAUACAUCGCUAACCCGCUGCAAAUGCAAAAGGCUACUGAGAUUGUGUGUGAGACAGAGAGAAAUUGCAAUUAUGUGAGCUUGCAUUUGAGUGUGUGUGUUUGCGUGAGAGAGAGGUGUGUGAUUGCAAUUGUGAUUGUGGCUAGAAAGACAUAAUGUGGAUAGGUGUGGGUCUAUGAGAAUGUAUUGGAAGAGAUUGGAAUCUUGUGUAAUAGCACAUUUCCACUAACCUUUUUCACUUUGCCGCGCCUGCAGAGAAAAGCUUUGUGUUUGCUUUUCAAAUAAACAUUUGCCAGGUUCUCAGUUAGCAUUCUGUGUGUUGUUAAUUGAUUUUCUCCGAUGCUGUAUACCUUCCUUUUGUCUGGCUUUCUGACGAACGCGCUAGCCGAACUUUUUAACGAGGUCCCAAGCGUACUAAGGCGUCUCCGGGGAAACGGAGUUCCGCUCCGUGUGUUUUUUUGAGAGCCUUCCGCUGCCUGCAAUCACACAACCUUUUUACUGCACAACAGAGCAAGAGAGAAUGCUGGAACGUUAUCAUGGCAGGCAGGCUUGGUGUGUGUGUGUGUGUGUGUAUCUGGCAGGGUUAUACAACUGACAGAGGCGCAGGCGUUUCAGCUGAAUCCAGUGGCGGUGCUUUUCAGAGAGAGGAGAAUUAGCGCAGGGUAAUCUCAUUCAUGGUAAUGCUGAUUCACUCAGUUUACGGUCUGCUGUCUGAGAUCACCGUCACAGUGCCUGCUCACACACACACACACACCGUUAAACACUGUGUCAUUCUGAGACUGCACUUCUCUCAUAUGUCACACGCUUUGUUUCACACAGGCCUUAAGACUUAUUAUGCAUGUGCACGCAUACCACACCACACACACACACACACACACACACAGUACCCAGAUGGGAGUUGUGCAGUGUGUGUGUGCCUGCAUGCAAGCGUGUGUGUGUUUGUGUGCGUAUGCGUGUUUUAUGUGUGUGUGUGUGCCCACCCCCCUGUGUAUUAUCAACCAGACCCCAUGUAGUUUUCUGCUUCGUGAAUUCCAGCGUGUGAUGUCGAGGUCGCAUCCCCACUUAGGCUGGCAUUCAUCCCUGUCUGCCCACCCAGGGCUCUGAUUGGUGGGUUGGGCCGCGCCGUGCGCCAGGACAAAUAUUAGCACUGGCUAGGCCGUUAGCUCUGACAGCAGAAUGUCUAGAGUAUGAGUGAUGGCUGCCGGGACUGUCUGGGUGCUCUCUCUCUUCUCUCUCUCUCUCUCUCUCUCUCUCUCUCUCUCGUUCGUUCGUUCGUUCGUUCGUUCGUUCUUUCUUUCUUUCUUUCUUUCUUUCUUUCUUUCUUUCUUUCUUUCUUUCUUUCUUUCUUCUUUCUUUCUUCUUUCUUUCUUUAUCUUUCUUUCGGGAUUCGGAGGCGUUCUGUUGAUUUAUUUUAUGGAUGUCUUUUUGAUGAGGCUUUCUUUUUGAGAGGGGGGGAGGUCUUGCGUGAUUUCGCUUUGUGGGAGGGAGGAGGGAGGUAUGGCGGUAGGGUAGGGGUCUUCUUAUUCUUUCUUCUUUUUUCUUCUUUAGAUUUCUUUCUUUCUUAUUCUUCUCUUCUUUCUGCUUUCUUCUCCCCCCCCCCCCCCCCCCCACCCCCCACCCCCCCCCCCCCCCCCCCCACCCCCCCCCCCCCCCCCCGUCUGUCUAUACAUCGUCUCAUUCUAUCACACCUGUAUUUUUAACACUAUAUUUUCUGCCUCCUUUCUGUUUUCAACCUGUUCUCACAUUCUGUCUCUCUCUCUAAAGCUGAUUUUCCUCAGUGUUACUUUCUCAGAAAAUCUCCUGCUUUCAUUUUGUCCACCCACUCUCCUUCCUUCUGUCUGGGUUUGUAGUGGAAACUGUGCAAUGGUGUGGAAGGAAUGAGAGAGCCCUGUUUGCCCUGUGCUAACACACACACACACACACACACACACACAGGGGUGUGAGAUAGCGUUGGUGUGGGAGAUGGGGUUUGUUCAGUCUUAAGUGUGUGUGUGUGUUUGGGGAGGUAGGGUAUUGUAAGAGAUCUAGGAAGGAAGCAGCCAAAUGUUAUAUUUCCUGUGGAAAAACUGGGUACUGGGGGAUUGGAGAGGGGGGAUUCUUGGAUAGACUUCUAGGACUUCUUGAACUCAGCCUAUUCUGGAUAACUGAAAAGCACUUCAUUUUCUUGGGUGUGUGUACAUGCACAUUGUUGUGUUUGUGUGACAACUGGCUGGCCUGCUUUUCUGUGUGUGUGUGUGUGCACGUUCAUUGGUGUGUGCAUGCAUCAUGUGUGUGUGUAUGCCGUGCUGUUAAAGCCAUCAGACUCCUCCCACUAAGGGAGCGGCUCAUCACGCUAUGUUUACCUCUCCACGGCGACCAGAGACGUCUUAACCAUAAACAGGAAGUGUAUGAGCGGCCAAUGAGAGCUUCCUGUUCUAGAGAGGGGCUACUACGUGUGGUUUUCUUAUUGAAUCAUGAUCAGGGAAAACACUAGAGAAACACAUUGGUCUCAGAGUAGUGAAUGUCUUAGAGAGUAGGAUAGAAAGUCUUAUUAAUGUGUGUACUCACUCUGCAGCACUAGGCUGGAGAUGAUUGAGUGAGAAAUAAUUGACAGACAUCACUCUUUCUCUCUCUCCAUCCCCUUCAUUUCGGCUCCACUCCUCUGCUUUCUCUUUCUUCUCUCCUUCCCUGCACUACAUCUCUCGCUUCCCCCUCUUUACUUCUACCACUUUCCCUGCCUCCCCUCCUCACUCAUACCUUUCUCCACCUUCUCUCCUUCCCCCCACUCCUCUCUCCCUCAUCUUCACCCUCUUCUUCUCUCUGACCCUUCUCCCCAUCUUUCUUCACUCCCCUCUCCCUCUCUCUCUCCUUUACCCCCUCCCCCUCCCUCCUCCCCCAGUAUGGGUUACUGUAUCCUGGUGGCCCAUGGCCUGGGGAGGUUGUGUUCUGUGGUGGGUCGCUGGGGCACCACGGCCCUGACCGUCUCCACGCUGCUGCUCCUCCUGCUCUUCUCCUGGAAGACCGUUCAGCAGAACCACAUCUGGCUGUCCCGGGAGGCCCUCUUCAGGUCAGUGGUAUGGGGUGAGAGGUGGGUGGGGUGUGUGUGUGUGUGUGUGUGUGUGUGUGUGUGUCAGGCCCUGAUUAAUGUAAUGGCUUGAGUUAUUCAUCACCAGUAGCUCGCUCUUUCCACACACAUUUUCUCUCCCUCUCUCCUACCAUUUACCCUUCCUCUCUCCUUCCUUCCACACUCUCUCAUUUCCAUGUUGUUUUACAAGCCAGAUUAAUGGGUGUGAAUAUAAAGCUGUUUAUUAGAACAUGGCAAGGUCAAAUUACAUGCUAACCAUGCACACACACACACACACACACAUACACACGGGUGCACGCAAACACACCCCCUGACCCCAUCUAUAUGUCCUCAGCGGACGUUAUCGCUCUCCCAGACUCGGCCGCAUGCUGUUUAUCGAUCAGUUUAUCUGUCCAUUCCUCUUUCUGUCUGCCUCGCUAACAGAUAAGGACAGGCUGCUAAGACACCUCAUUUCAUCCUACCUCCAUCCCUCCAUCUCUCAUUCUGUGCUCUAUGUUCGGCAGGUGUUCAGGACGCACUAGUACCAAACACACGUUAGUUUGCAAUUUCAUCAUGUAAAAACUGGUGCACAGGUAUUUUCCAGCCAUAACGCCAGAUUAGGCAAUUGACUUGUCUAACAUCAGCUAGCUUGCACUGAGGUGGGAGGGGUGGCAAUAUUUGAGGUGUGUCCUUAAAAACAAGCCCAAAAGGGGCAAUUUCAUGCAGUGCAAAAGGGACUUUUUUUUAUUUUUUUUAUUUCACCUUUAUUUAACCAGGUAAGCCAGUUGAGAACAGGUUCUCAUUUACAACUGCGACCUGGCCAAGAUAAAGCAAAGUAGUGCAAUAAAAACAACACAGAGUUACAUAUGGGGUAAAAAAAACAUAAAGUCAGAAAUACAACAGAAAAUAUAUAUACAGUGUGUGCAAAUGUAGCAAGUUAUGGAGGUAAGGCAAUAAAUAGGCUAUAGUGCAGAAUAAUUACAAUAGUAUUAACACUGGAAUGCUAGAUGUGCAAGAGAUUAUGUGCAAAUAGAGAUACUGGGGUGCAAAAGAGCAAAUUAAAUAACAAUAUAGGGAUGAGGUAUUUGGGUGGGCUAAUUUCAGAUGGGCUGUGUACAGGUGCAGUGAUCGGUAAGGUGCUCUGACAACUGAUGCUUAAAGUUAUUGGGGGAGAUAAGAGUCUCCAGCUUCAGAGAUUUUUGCAAUUCGUUCCAGUCAUUGGCAGCAGAGAACUGGAAGGAAUGGCGGCCAAAGGAGGUGUUGGCUUUGGGAAUGACCAGUGAGAUAUACCUGCUGGAGCGCAGACUACGGGUGGGUGCUGCUAUGACCCACCAAAAGCAGGUCUUAACUAUAAUGCAGUCGGUAUUGGCAUGGAUUUUGAGAGAGGAAGCGCAGCCUAUCCAGCCAUGGCACAGUUCCUUUUGUGCCGGUGAAUCUCGUAGUUAGAAACGAUUGGUUUCCCUCCAAAACCAAGCAUAGCCUCCUCUUAAUCAAGGCUGGUUUAGCAGCAUCUCAUAGGUGUGUCUGUUCAUCCUGGCCAUUAGCCAAAUAGCCUAUGAUUAAAGGGGUUUUAAAUGGUCUACUGAGAGUGCUUUGAAAUAUUUGAGAGAUUUUAGCCCUCAUGCUUUUCAUUAUUCAUAAUUCACAUAACUGCAUAAUUCAUUUCGCUUGUUCGAGUAGGUUAUCCAUCCCCAUUUUCAAAGAGCGGCCCUCGUCCGCUUACCAAAGACACGCUCCUUCAAACUAUUCAGUCCUCCUAUAAUGCCAUAUCAACGGCAGAUUUCUUUGAGACUCUGCCUCGCACAUAGGCAACGCUACAAUUGACAGAAGCCUCGUAUUUCGUAUAGACGUGCAAAUGUUAUGCGUAAAGACAUUUAUUUUGGCCUACGUGUGCAAACAGUGCAUUGGAACGAGAGAAGCGAUUUAUGAUAUCAUGUUUCUGACCCCAUCCUAUGUAGAAAUAUUGUUGAUGUUUUAAAAAACAGAUAGCUUAUUUUCCAUGUCAUAUGAUUAAAAACCAAGCCCUCCAUAGGCUACCCUUGGCCUAGGCUACUAACGUAGGCUGGUUCAACGGCAAUACAUCGUCUUUUUUUAUCCUUGCAUUGCAAAGCAGCCUAUCCAUAAAAGGUGUUUAAAUGGUCUAUUCGUCAGAGUGCCUUGAAUUAAAACUAUACUGCACAUCCUAAAACAUACACACAUAUGACUACAUGCAUACUUCAUUUCAUUUGUUCAAGUAUCCAUCCCCAUCUCCAAACAGCGCCUCUCAUCCGGUUACCAAAGACGCGCUUCUCCAAACAUAUUUCAAUUAUUCAGUCCUAUAAUGCAGUAUCAACGGUAGGCCUAGGCUAUAUUUUGCUUAUUGAGAACGUGCCUCACACAUACAAUACAAUUUACAGGAGCCUAGUAUUUUUUAUUUGAGGAGAAGUGUGAUGUGGAAAGACAGGCUCGUUGAAGCCAAUCAUAACAAUGUUGACUGUCAACACUCCAAACAUAUUGAGCCAACACUGGAUUUUCACCUCUGAAGUUUGAGCAAGUGUGUGAGCGCAAGCACACAUCUGCUUCUCCUGCUUAUUCCUCAUCUUCUCUCUCUCUUUACAGGUCUGGCAUCCAGACGUUGCCUCACAACGCCAAGGUUCACUACAACUACGCCAACUUCCUGAAAGACAGAGGGCGCCACCAGGAGGCCAUCCACCACUACAAAACUGCUCUCAGGUCAGUUAUAGUGUCCAUAAUGUCAGCGCUUCUGCUGUUUACACCACUACAAAUCUGCUCUAGUGUCAGUAAGAAAGUAAAACUACAUUAAUAUGAGGGGGUUUAGGUAUUCCAUCCUGAUCACCAUGUCAAUGGGACACAGUCCCUCCAAACCACGGUCAUUCCUCGACCACAAUAACACCAUCAGCUUUCAACGUUCAGGGAUACGGUCAUUCUGCCAAAACCACAGUCUAGGUUCUCAGAGCAUGUUUGGAACCUCAGGUGACCUCACUCGCUCCAGGAUCUGAAAAUAAAGAAUUCAAGUUAGUCAAAAUUACGGUUGAGGUAAGAAAACCCACUGAGAAACAGUGAGAAACCCCGUUGAGAGCUUGCGUUCAUGAAACGGCUAGGUAGGUCUCAAUGGAGAACAGUUCAGCCCUUCGCUCAUGCACCAUGUGUCCUUAUUGUGUGAGUUCAGGACAAAGAGAGGAGAUUUUUCUUAAUAUGGCAUGUUGUCCCUAUAAUGUCUAGACUAUACCUCCAGGCCUAAGUAACGAGAAUUCAUUAAUUUAAGUAUGAGACGCGUUAUUGAUUGUCUUUGGUUGAUUGUCCGCCCACUCAAUUAAUUACAAAACACUAUUUUAUUAAAUCAGGAGGAACUCUGUUUGCUGCACAUAAAUUCAUAAAGGCACACACAUACACACACACACACACACUAGAGCGCAUAUUCUCAAGCAUGUAAUGGUCUUGUCUCAGCUCGAUGCUUGCACCCCAUUAAUCCAUUUGUUCUGCCUGUCACUGGCAAUGGCUCCUACAGACCCAGAGGGCUAUAUAUUUAUCCCCCUCUUACAGACCCAGAGUGCUAUAUAUUUUUCCCCCCUCCUAGAGACCCAGAGGGCUAUAUAUUUAUCCCCCCUCCUACAGACCCAGAGGGCUAUAUAUUUAUCCCCCCUCCUACAGACCCAGAGGACUAUAUAUUUAUCCCCCCUCCUACAGACCCAGAGGACUAUAUAUUUAUCCCCCCUCCUACAGACCCAAAGGGCUAUAUAUAUAUCCCCCCUCCUACAGACCCAGAGGGCUAUAUAUAUAUUUAUCCCCCCUCCUACAGACCCAGAGGACUAUAUAUUUAUCCCCCCUCCUACAGACCCAGAGGGCUAUAUAUAUAUCCCCCCUCCUACAGACCCAGAGGGCUAUAUAUAUAUUUAUCCCCCCUCCUACAGACCCAGAGGGCUAUAUAUAUAUCCCCCCUCCUACAGACACAGAGGGCUAUAUAUAUAUUUAUCCCCCCUCCUACAGACCCAGAGGGCUAUAUAUUUAUCCCCUCUCCUACAGACCUAGAGGGCUAUAUAUUUUUUCCCCCUCCUACAGACCUAGAGGGCUAUAUAUUCCCCCCCCCCCCCCCCCCCCCCCCUACAGACCCAGAGGGCUAUAUAUUUCCCCCCCCCCUCCUACAGACCCAGAGGACUAUAUAUUUAUCCCCCCUCCUACAGACCCAGAGGGCUAUAUAUUUAUCCCCCCUCCUACAGACACAGAGGGCUAUAUAUUUAUCCCCCCUCCUACAGACCCAGAGGGCUAUAUAAUUAUCCUCCUCCUACAGACCUAGAGGGCUAUAUAUUUUCCCCCCCUCCUACAGACCCAGAGGGCUAUAUAAUUAUCCCCAGUCCAGCUUUCCCUUUUUCCCGUCCCCCUACCCUCCUCCCUUCUUCUUGAGUCAUAACUGAUGAUCCUUACUGUGCUCUGUUUAUGAGUGGUUGUGCGUGUGAAUGUUUGUUUGUUUCAGUCAUCAGUAUUUGACUGACAGGAGCAAGGAAAUCGUGUGUGUCUUCUACUACUGUAUCUGAGUCUCUAUUCUCUCCCCAUCCUCCUCUCCCCCAUCAUUCUGGACAAGUGCGAGUCAAUUGGGCCCUAGCUCAAAAACCCAAUAUUAGCAUGAAUUACAUGAACAAGAAACACAACAUUACAAAUAUUACCAAGAUGUGAGAUAAUUUACUUGUUCUCUUAAAUACUAGAUAGCUUUGAAAAAGCGACAGGACAUAGGUAGAAGGGAUUGCGUGACGAUUAACCUAGCAACUGCGUGACGCAGCAUGACAACGUGAACGUGAUUGGUCUACAGUCUGCUGGGCGAGGCAUUGUACGUUUCUCCAUUCAUUGGCCAAUGACAUUACCAUCUCCUCAUUUCUUAAAGUAUUUCUGGAAUAGGGUGCCUUUUUUUCAGACCCUGAGAAAGUUUAACCCCCGGGCACUUUACCUCCACUUCAUAUGAUUUUCUUAGCUCAUUUUUCUUGUUUUUCAUUUAGGCUAAAGGGUGAUAAAAUAGAGAAACGAUGUUGUUACCCUGGAGUCGUGGGUUUUACUGCAUUCAUUAGAGGUUGUUUUUAUUCGUUUGUUUUUCAGGUUUAAGUGUUCUGGUAAUCCUGCUUAGACAUUAGAUUGGGUGAUGGUGUGUGUCGUGAUCAAUAGUGUGCUUACGGCAGAGUGCGUGCCACUAAGUCCACACUGUUGUCUUUCUAGGAAUUUGCACACUGAAAGGCGAUGUAAACUGUGACUCAUUAGCCAAUGGAAAGAAGGUUGCCGUAGCAUCGUUUCACCUCUUGCCCCGGUGUUGUGAUGGGUGUGUCUCAUAGUUAUGGCACUAAUAAUACAAAAUGGAUUGCAAUUACUUGUCAUAUUUUACCCAAUCCUUUCAAAAAGCACUUAAUGCUCUUUAAGGGUGUUUCAUGCCUUAUUCGGACACUCUAGAAUGAUUGAUUUACAGAAGCCAUUUUGUGUACGAUAACCGUUAUCAUGAUAGCAACCACUUAUCCUAAUGACAGUAUCAUGGGUGUCAUGUCGUCUUCUUGUAGUGGUAUGGGGUCAUCUAAAGAUACAUGAGAAGGGUCACAUGUCCCCAAAGUGCUAAAUUGCUUCCUAUCAUCAUCACUAAUUUCAAGGACCAGACCAAUCCAGCCCUUUCAACAAUUAGCGGUCAUCACAAAAUGUGAUGGAGGAAGAAUGUUUUCUUACAGAUUGGAACUUAAAGAUACUCUCCUGUUUUUCCUUCUCCUCUCCUCCCUUCUUCCUCCUCCCUUCCCCCUCCUCUACCCUCUCCAGGUUGUACCCUCGCCAUGCCAGUGCCAUGAACAACCUGGGUACUCUGACACGCCACCCAGAGGAUGCUGAGCACUACUACAGAACAGCCCUGGACACCAACCCCCAGCACAACAGAGCCCUGUUCAACCUGGGAAACCUGCUUAAGUAGGAUACAUGCACAUACACACACAUGUAUGCAUUCAUGCAUGUGAACAGACAUGCAUACACACACACACACACACACAUAGUGCAUGCACUCAGAGAUCUCAGCACAAUGCUGGCACCACAUUCAUUUGUACACACAGAUGCACGAACACACACACACUUUCCCUGCAGCUCACAUACAGUGAGGGAAAAAAAGUAUUUGAUCCCCUGCUGAUUUUGUAUGUUUGCCCACUGACAAAGAAAUUAUCAGUCUAUAAUUUUAAUGGUAGGUUUAUUUGAACAGUGAGAGACAGAAUAACAACAAAAAAAUCCAGAAAAACGCAUGGCAAAAACAUUAUAAAUUGAUUUGCAUUUAAAUGUAUUUGACCCCCUCUCAAUCAGAAAGAUUUCUGGCUCCCAGGUGUCUUUUAUACAGGUAACGAGCUGAGAUUAGGAGUACACUCUUAAAAGGAGUGCUCCUAAUCUCAAUUUGUUACCUGUAUAAAAGACACCUGUCCACAGAAGCAAUCAAUCAAUCAGAUUCCAAACACUCCACCAUGGCCAAGACCAAAGAGCUCUCCAAGGAUGUCAGGGACAAGAUUGUAGACCUACACAAGGCUGGAAUGGGCUACAAGACCAUCGCCAAGCAGCUUGGUGAGAAGGUGACAACAGUCGGUGCGAUUAUUCGCAAAUGGUAGAAACACAAAAGCACUGUCAAUCUCCCUCGGCCUGGGGCUCCAUGCAAGAUCUCACCUCGUGGAGUUGUAAUGAUCAUGAGAACAAUGAGGAAUCAGCCCAGAACUACACGGGAGGAUCUUGUCAAUGUUCUCAAGGCAGCUGGGACCAUAGUCACCAAGAAAACAAUUGGUAACGCACUACGCCGUGAAGGACUGAAAUCCUGCAGCGCCCGCAAGGUCCCCCUGCUCUGAAGUUUGCCAAUGAACAUCUGAAUGAUUCAGAGGAGAACUCUUUGGCAUCAACUCAACUCGCCGUGUUUGGAGGAGGAGGAAUGCUGCCUAUGACCCUAAGAACACCAUCCCAACCGUCAAACAUGGAGGUGGAAACAUUAUGCUUUGGGGGUGUUUUUCUGCUAAGGGGACAAGACAACUUCACCGCAUCAAAGGGACGAUGGACGGGGCCAUGUACCAUCAAAUCUUGGGUGAGAACCUCCUUUCCUCAGCCAGGGCAUUGAAAAUGGGUCGUGGAUGGGUAUUCCAGCAUGACAAUGACCCAAAACACACGGCCAAGGCAACAAAGGAGUGGCUCAAGAAGAAGCACAUUAAGGUCCUGGAGUGGCUUAGCCAGUCUCCAGACCUUAAUCCCAUAGAAAAUCUGUGGAGGGAGCUGAAGGUUCGAGUUGCCAAACGUCAGCCUCGAAACCUUAAUGACUUGGAGAAGAGGAGUGGAACAAAAUCCCUCCUGAGAUGUGUGCAAACCUGGUGGCCAACUACAAGAAACGUCUGACCUAUGUGAUUGUCAACAAGGGUUUUGCCACCAAGUACAAAGUAAUGUUUUGCAGAGGGGUCAAAUACUUAUUUCCCUCACUAAAAUGCAAAUCAAUUUAUAACAUUUUUGACAUGCGUUUUUCAGGAUUUGUUUGUUGUUAUUCUGUCUCUCACUGUUCAAAUAAACAUACAAUUAAAAUUAUAGACUGAUCAUGUCUUUGUCAGUGGCCAAACGUACAAAAUCAGCAGGGGAUCAAAUACUUUUUUCCCUCACUGUAACGAGUGACACACAGCGCCCUACCUGAGGAUGAAUGGCUUACAUUAGCGGAAUGCUCUGUCUGUUCUCUCACACAGUCAUAGCACUGAGGGGAAAUAGUUUGGACACGCAGUGGCGAGACGUUCUGCUUGUUGUUCAUUAGGGCUGUGGCUGUGUGUCACAUCAUCGAUACUGCUCUACUCUGCUCAUCCCUGUCACUCUGGCAGGAGGCUGAUUGGACAAAUAUUUGUUUAACACAGAGAUAAACAGAGCACUCAUGAAAUCACUGGGUUGACACAAAGAGGAGGGUCUGAGGGGGGCUCGUUAGAUAAACAAAACACUUUCAUACAGACACACACAGACAUACGCGCACACACCGGCUCGGACACGCCAGGACAGCAGACUUGGCGGUUAGUCGGGACAGUGGGAGAUAGAUGUAUUCUGUUACUGUUUGUUUACUGUCUGCAUGAUAGCCCCCACCUCCUCUAUUCUCAUUGAUGGGGGUGUGAAAAGUGUUUGUAGUACACACACACACACACACACACACAGCAGCAUUCCUGCUAGCUCUAAUGGAGAAACACAAAUCAACUUCAUUAUUGCGCUACAGAUCCAUCAGGUCUAUAUUUUCAAUUACGACCUGUGAACAUACAGCCUCAGGCCUAGAGACAGACCCAACAUCGAUUCCCAUUACUCCUGCUGGACCUAGCACCGUUUCCAGGUCAUCUACUGUAUUGAUACACAGCGGGGGGGGGGGGGGGUUGUGUGUGUGUGUCAGCAGAAAACGGACACAACAUAGCCAUAUGAUGAUGUUGACGAUGAGGACGAUGAUUAUGUUAUUUCAGGUCCCAAGGGAAGAAGGAAGAGGCAGAGGCUCUGUUGAGAGACUCCAUUCGGUUCGGUCCACACUUCGCUGACGCCUACUCUAGUCUAGCAUCACUUUAUGCAGAGCAGGUAACACACACAUACAUGCACACACACACACACACACACACACACACACACACACACACACACACACACACACAUGCUUUGCAGGUAAUACACAUGGUUGGUCUAUGCACUGGUUGCAUACACACACACAAAAAUACACACAUUCUCUCACGCACAUACUUAGUAUGCACUCACUCACACACUUCUGUAAGAGCAUGUUAGGCAAUGUGAGUUCUGCUAUCUCUACCAUUCCCAUUCCCCCCUUUCCAUGGAUUCAGAAUUCAAUUAAAAUUCGCUGUAGAUCGUUAAUCUUGCUGCCGGGAACUCCAGUCAGUGCGCCAUUUAUUUUGGCUUGUUCAAUUAAACACACUCACUGACUCCCUAACCUUCUAUUACCGCAGGCUCUCUAUAACCUUAUCUCAGCAUAGCCACAAUUUCACACAUGACAUCAGCUCAUACUCAAUAAUUCAAUAUAACCAUUUUAUUGAUAUCAUAUUCUUUUUUUUAUAGAAGCGGUUUGCGGAGGCCAAUGACAUCUAUCUGCAAGGCAUAGAGAGCUGCCCAGACAGCUCGGACCUGCAUAAUAACUACGGAGUGUUUCUGGUCGAUACCGGUGAGUUCAGUAGGGUGGAUAGGAGAGGAGAGUGUUGAUCUGUUUGCAAAUAAAGUUUUAGCUUACCCCUCUCUCUCUCUCUCUCUCUCUCUCUCUCUCUCUCUCUCUCUCUCUCUCUCUCUCUCUCUGUGUCUCUGUCUCUCUCUCUCUCACUCUUCUCUCAUUAGGAGAAGGGGCGCUGGCGGCAGCCCACUACCAGCAUGCCGUGCGUCUCAAGCCGGCGCACUACGUCGCAAUGGUGAACUUGGGCCGCCUCCUUCGCUCCUCCAAUGAGAACAAGGAGGCGGAGUCUUGGUACAAAAAGUGAGUUAAGAGGUUUUGGGAAUAUGGAAGAGAUUCAGAGGUCGAACGAGAGCAACACUAGCCAUGUGCCCAUUGUCCAGAGAAGAGAGUCAUGGGUGGCGCUAUCCUGUUUGACCUUGUAUGAGGUCUUGUUGACCUUCCAUUGACUCCUCCUUGACCUUUGACCCCAGGGCCCUGCUGGUGACAAGGAAGGUGGACAUCCUGACGCCACUAGGGGCGCUGUACUACAACACAGGACGCUAUGAGGAGGCUCUGCAGGUGUACCGUGAGGCGGCUACGCUACAGCCAGACAGCACCGAUAUCUGGCUGGCUCUGGUGAGUCACAACACACACGGGCAUGCAUGCAGGCACGCACACAGACGCAGGCACACACACAUGCACACAUGCAGGCACGUACACACCACAUGCUGUAGUCAUACCAGGACAGAACCAACAGAUGUCUGGCCCUGAAUUGUACUCUCCCUUUCUCCCUCUCCCUCCCUCUCCCUCCCUCCCUCCCUCCCUCCCUCCCUCCCUCCCUCUCUCUCUCUCUCUCUCUCUCUCUCCCUCCCUCCCUCCCUCCCUCCCUCCCUCUCUCUACUUAGGCACAAGUGUUAGCCAUGGCGGGCCGCUCUAAAGAGGCAGAGAAGAUGACUCUGGGCAUCAUAUCUAAGCAGGGGAGCUGCAUCGAGUGUUACCGCCUACUGUCUGCCAUCCACAGCAAACGAGGCAACUACACAGAGGUGUGUGUGUUUUUGCGUGUGCGUGCAUGCAUGCACGUGUGUUGUUGGGGUUGUGGUGUCUGCAUUUGAAAGAAGGAACGGGACUGAGAAAGAAUAAGAGCAAUAGAGAGGGGGAUGGGCGAAGGACAGAGACAGUCAAGAAAAACAGAACAAACCAUAUCACCUCAGGGUCAGCAACAGUGAUCACCGCGGAAACAACGGUUGCCAUGGAAACCAUCACAUCUAGAUUCUGUCACCUCCGAGUCUCACAGGAUCACAUCCCCAUCUGUUCACACUGAUCCUCCAUCCUUCACUUCAUUCACUUUAUCUCUCCAUCCUGAUUACAUUCUCCUCCUUCUCCUCCACCAUCCCUUGUUCCAUCCCUACGUCUCUGGGGGCUCAUCUGUAGACACACUAACAGAAUGGAUGUAAUCUCUGUGGGUGUGUCCCAAAUGGCACCUUAAUCCCUGUGUAGUGCACUACGUAUAUGGAAUAGCGUGCCAUUUGAGACUUAGCCUCGCUGCUAAAAAUAGUAUUUCCUUCCUAAAAUAACACAGAGGUGGUGUGGGGGGCUGACUAGAGCAGCAAACUUUUUUGUGCCAGGGACCGGCAAGGUAUGGCCUUUUUCCUCUGGGGACCGCUUGGAUAUAAAGAAUAUUGACAAUCGCUUUUUUAUACAGAACACCAAUUUUUCUAUGCAUUUUCUCUAUUAUAUUUACUACCCUAACACCAGUGGAGGCUGCUGAGGGGAGGACGGCUCAUAAUAAUGGCUGGAAUGGAGCAAAUGGAAUGGCAUCAAACACCUGGAAACUAUGUUUGAUGUAUUUGAUACCAUUCCACUCCAGUCAUUACCACAAGCCCGUUCUGCCCAAUUAAGGUGCCACCAACCGCCGGUGCCUAACACAUAGAAUUUGUUUAGGAUAGUAAUAACAUAGUCCAUCAAGCUAUUUGAUUCUCUAUUUUAGGACACCUGGUAGUAUCAUCAAAAAAAAUAUAUAUAUAUAUAUAUUAUUUGAUGAAAAUGUUGAAUUUGGCCUUACUGCCAUUAUCUCAAUAAACAUAAUAACACACAAAGAUAUGUCAAAUCAGGGAGGCCACACUUCAAUCUGAAGGAUUUAUGGAAUGUAGUCACUAAAAUGCUUGAGAAAGGUAUUGGGAAGAAGAUCUGCAUUGCUUUCAAAUGCGAUUUUGUCACAGUCCGUUCUAACGUGUCCUGCACCGCUUGUGAGCGCCGUAGAGGGAAACAGCAGGCACGUCCGCCUUCCUGAGAGUCAUGGCUUUCGGUGAUAGGGUCAUAAUAGCUAAUAGCUCCAACCGUUCAAAAGUUAGAGCCGAACUUGUAGGGGGGAAAAGGAAAGCGCUCUGUUUGUCACAACUGCAUUUAUCGGAGAUCGGAGGUUACUUGCGUAACCAUGGUGCUAUGAACUAAGCGCCACAUUUAGUAGAUUGAGACGAAUCCAGUGCAAUCAGUAGGGCUUUUUCAGGCAUUCCUCCAUGGACUGGAGCCGGUCCUCGGACCUGGGUUUGAGAAAGGCUGGCCAAGAGGACGUUUAUUUUCUCUCAGCCUCUCAGACAGAAGACAGAGUAAAUAUUACACUGUCCUCCCUAUGGAAAGUCUUGGUGUGUUUUUGUCUAGUGUCUAUAAUAAUAAUAAUAAUAAUAUGCCAUUUAGCAGACACUUUUAUCCAAAGCGACUUAGUCUACAAAGUCUACAUACUAACUCACCAGGGAUACUGCUACGCUUCCAGAUAUUACUACGCUUCCAGAUCUCUCGAUAUCCCCUUAAUGGGGGUUCUAUACAUGCUUUUUUCCCUCUCUCUCUGUCAAAGGGAAGGGAAAAUAGAAGCUAUUGAUGAUAUUUCUGUCAUCUAAAGGAUGAGACUUCUCUCUCCCAGAGGCAAAAGUAAAUUACAUUAAAUGCCUCUCUCUUCCUCGUCCUUUUUUAUCCCCUUCAGAUCUCUCUCUCUCUCUCUCUCUCUCUCUCUCUUUAAAUCUCUCUGACUGCCUUUCCUAUGCUCAUCAGCCAGUGAAUGAGAGCCCGGCAGUAAACGACUAGUCUGUCUCGUUCUCUCUCCCUCUCUCUCUCAGCAGCACCACAGAACACUGUCAUGGUGAAUUUCCACUGAGGAUUGACCCUGGUGUUUUACCAAAAAGCCUCAGACUUUUGUGUUUCCAGCUCCAUGGCCCGGCACCUGGGACUCACUGGACCAUGGACCUGCUCUGACUUGAGGCCAAGGCAAGGCCACUGGGGCUUUUAGGUUGAAAUGACAUAGCAAUGGCUAACUGUGAACAUGGGUUCACCUUCUCACAAAGCAACUGUUUUGAUUAUGCAGAGGUUGUUGAUUCUUCUCUUCACAAGUCCUCACUCUCAGCCCUAACUAUGGAAGUAUAUCCCUAGCUAUGGAAGGGUGUAUACUCUAGUGUAACACUGGUGUUACAUUCGAAAACAGCAUUAAUGUCAUGGUUGCGCUUCACUCAUUAAAACUCUCUAAAACUGGCUCGACACGCGUCUCAUCAGGAUCACAGUGUGUGUGUGUGUAAACCUCUGUCUGUAAAUGUGUACUAAUUCUCUCCUCUCUUCCUCCAGGCUCUGGAUGCUCUAGACAAGGCCCUACAGCAGAACCCCGUAGACAUGUCUGUCAUGGCAGAGCUUCACUUCUCCAAGGGCAACCAGCUCAGAGAGAUGAACCAGCUGGACAGAGCCUUCGAGGUACAGGAGUCUCCACACACACACACACACACACACACACACACACCUCCUUACUCUGCAUACUUUCUGCAUACUGCUCUCUCUUCUCCCUCCAGACUCCCUCUCUCCUCAUCCACUAACAUUUCAACCUCUCCAACCUCCACCUAAUUAAAUUUGUCUCCUGCUUGAUGCCCUCCUCUCUCCCCCUCCUCAACAUUACACCCUCCUCUCUCUCCCUCCUCAACAUUACACCCUCCUCUCUCUCCCUCCUCACCAUCAUACCCCUCUCUCUCCCUCCUCACCAUCAGACCCCUCUCUCUCCCUCCUCACCAUCAGACCCCUCUUUCUCCAUCCUCACCAUCAGACCCCUCUCUUUCCCUCCUCACCAUCAGACCUCACUCUCCCUCCUCACCAUCAGACCUCUCUCUCUCCCUCCUCACCAUCAGACCUCUCUCUCCCUCCUCACCAUCAGACCUCUCUCUCCCUCCUCACCAUCAGACCUCUCUCUCCCUCCUCACCAUCAGACCCCUCUCUCUCCCUCCUCACCAUCAGACCUCUCUCUCCCUCCUCACCAUCAGACCCCUCUCUCUCCCUCCUCACCUUUAGACCUCUCUCUCCCUCCUCACCAUCAGACCUCUCUCUCUCCCUCCUCACCAUCAGACCUCUCUCUCCCUCCUCACCAUCAGACCUCUCUCUCCCUCCUCACCAUCAGACCUCUCUCUCCCUCCUCACCAUCAGACCUCUCUCUCCCUCCUCACCAUCAGACCUCUCUCUCUCCCUCCUCACCAUCAGACCUCUCUCUCUCCCUCCUCACCACCAGACCUCUCUCUCUCCCUCCUCACCAUCAGACCUCUCUCUCUCCCUCCUCACCAUCAGACCUCUCUCUCCCUUUCCCUUCUCUUUUCUUUUCUCCUUUCUCCUCGGGGAAUAACUUUAGAAGCUCCUAUCACCUCAAACUGUACCUCUUACAAAACGAGACCACUAAUUGACUCGUAUAUCCCAACCUCCCCAAAAGCAACUAUGAAUAAAGAACAUCACUUAAUUUGAGGCAUAUUCCCUAAAAACAACCAGAUUUGCAUCUCCUGCAUGAAGUAUAUUAUCUGCAGGGGUUUCAAAAGCGCCAGAUUCUUUUUUUCUCCUGUUCAAGCAGACACACUUGAGAGAGAGAGAAGAGAUACAAAGUCUGCAAAUAAAAUCACAUCAAACAGCGUUCCAGGCCUUUCGCUGCCUUGAUCUCCACCCCAUCUCUUCCCCCCCCGGGAAAAUACGCUGAUACUGUCACUAAAUUAACACCAUAUCUCCUCCGCUAUCUGCAUCAACAAAUAAGCCCAUUUUCCCCCAACCACACUUCUCACAAGAGAGAGUGUGUGGCCUAAGAUAAACUUAAUUCUCUUCCCUCUGUCUUUCUUUCAAUGUUUCCUCUUGUGCCCAUCUCUCUCUGCUGAUACAGCAGGUCUCUCUUUCCACUCACUCGUGAUCUCUCGCUCUCUCUCUCUUUACUUACAGAGCAAGUCUCUCCGUUUUUCCACUCCCUCUCUCGCUCUCCCUUUCCACUCUCUCACUCCCUUUCUCUCCCUCCAUCUCUCCCUCUUUCUUCAGAGUUCAGGUAGUCAACAAAGGACUGCUAUGUUGAACAGUUUAUUCUCAGGGUUUCCUUCUGAGAUAAACUCAGCUCUCUCAGAUAAACUGGCUCUCUCAGCAGGGCUUGGCUGGGCGCCAGGGCUCCAGCUCUUGUUUGGGUGUUGUUCCCCUUCUAAGAAAAGGCACAAAAGGCCAAUUGAGAUAAUGCGGGCGUCGGGUGUGGUGGUUGACAAUAUUGAAGCGGAUCCAUUGUCUGCUUGCUGUAUUUUGAUAGCAAGCUCUAUGGUUUCAGGAUGUUUGGUAUUCAAAGACAUAAAACAUGUUGAGUUGAUUAAAGUUGAUUAAAGUUUCAGUAAUCUUUGUGGCAUUUACCCCUGUGUCACUUUUAUUCCGAUUGAGGCAUCAGUCUUAACCCAAUCAACUUUGAAUGCACUUUGGAUGAAAAUGUUUGUUUUUCUAAUUGUGUAUCUGUCGGGGCUUGGAAUCCAGCACAGUAAGGGCAACACAUUUUCAUUCUAGUUUUGUUGCCAGUGACUUGAUUGAGUAAUUUUGACCAUUCUCUUUAGAUGGACAUACCCAGACUGAAAACAUAUUCACUUUAUAGUCGGAGCGUAAGAACCCUACUGUCAUCUAGUGAUCGUUGGUUGUAACUACUUUAUAUGAAUGUAUGCGUGUUCUUCAUUACAGAGCUACAAGCUGGCAGUGGAACUAAAACCUGACCAAUCGCAGGCUUGGAUGAACAUGGGAGGAAUUCAACAUAUCAAGGUACUAUGACUACACAGUAGAGUUCGUUUGCAUAAGUCAAAAGCCAUUCACAAGCCAUCAAGUCUUUGAUUAUACCGGAAUUGCAUAUCAAGCAUUAUGGCAAAGGAUGAGAGCUGAUAAAUGUCUGUAUUUUGAUCCACUGCAGGGAGACUAUGCAGCAGCCAGGCAGUACUACCAGAGGGCCCUGAUCCUAACCCCUGGCUCUAAGCUGCUGAAGGAGAACCUGGCCAAACUGGAGCGGCUGGAGAGGAGGCUGACCGGGCCCUAGACUAACCCAGAGACACAGCACUAUCCUGGGCAUGAGUUGGGGACCAAGGACCCUGGAUGCCCCAACAGUAGGGUUAAAAAAAGACCUGGUUUUAAAGUCAACCUACCUGGUUGAUGAUGUGAGAUUAUGGUGAACACGACAGGGGUGCAGGGUAUGGAAGCAGACUGUGGGUGAUGGAGCUUCCAGAGGAGCGUGAGGCUGGUUAAGCCUGUGAUGGGAGUCACAUUCUGGGGAAGCAGAUGGAGAGAGGACCCUAAGGAGUGGAGAUGGAGAUUCAGUCAGCAGCACUUCAAACUGGAGCGGACUGGAUCAGCCCUCUGGACCUCUUUAAGACAGUACCACGAGCUACACACAUCGCCCAGCCUGAAAAAGCUUCAAACAAACUGAUCUGCUUUUUAAAAUGUUUUGUUUUAUUUGCUUUCGUAUUUAAUUUCAUGUUAAAUCCUGUUUUAGUGAUCACUACCCUACUCUCCUCUGCUUAUGAGCUAAACCCAUGUUGAGAUUUUGAAAUGUAUUGGGUGUCAUGUUCACAUUAAAAGCUCCAACAAUAUCAUUCUAGCUGGGAGACAAAUGACAUUUUGCCAACAUGAAGGAUAGUUUGCUGAAGUCACUGUGGAUCCAUGCUUAGGUUUGGGCUUGCCUCCACUCAAUUGUGGCCCCUGGAACCCCUUAGCCUGAGCUUGUCUGGGAUACAUAAGCCCUGUAAUAAGACAACAAGGUAGCAGUGUGCUCCAUAACCUCA